AAGAUACUGCGGCUUUCGAGCUAAGCUCCGCGUACCGUCGAAGGCGCACAAUUUUACCGAGACAACCACUUCAAAAUCGUUUCAAGAACGUAAGCGUAUUGUCCGCACUCACGCGUUCAACGCGAGGAAAACACCGUGAGACGCUCGCGUGUUGGAGGGAAGGCGCAGCGGUGCCAACGCAGCGCGCUUUAUCUGACCUUGACUUCCUCCGCUGCAUUUCAACGGCUGGCCCGAUCCAAGUGCGCAGCGCGAGCCUGCCGCUUCGAAGACCGACAACAUUUGACGGCAUUGCACGUGUGUGUUUCAUCGACAAACUGCAUCGGAAUACGCCGGUAUCCUCAAUCGAGGCAUGAGUGUCACGACCUUUUCGCGGGAAGUUCUCCUCGUGUUGACCACGGCAACGGUCGCAGCAGCCGGGGUAGCUUUCUGGUGGCUGAAAAGCAAGGCAAGGAAGUUCGUGCCGGUGGCAAGAAUCAAGAAAAUCUUCGUCUACCCCAUCAAGGCCGUCCCCGGCAUCGAAGUCCCGUACGUUCACUGCGUCAGGGAAGGACCGAAGUUUGAAGACCUCAGAGACAGGUGCAUGUUGCUGCUGGAGGGCGACAUAUUUGUUACUCAGCGUCAAGAACCGUCACUGGCUCUUCUACGGCUAUCCUAUAACGACGGCAAUAUUUACAUCAGAGCCGAAGGAAUGCCCACCGUCAGUCUCCCCGCCUUUGACAAGGACGCGACAAACAAGGAAAGCAAGACAGUGCGUGUAAGAAAGCACACGUACACAGCAGUGGACGCACCCGAAGAAGUAUCGGCGUGGUUCGGGCAAUAUCUCAAGAAAGAUGGGAUUCGACUAGUCCGCAUUUUACAAGAGGAAUGCAGUCGCCCCAAGGGCACUCCAAUAGCGUUUCAAGACGAGGCAAGCUUUCACGUGCUUUCCGAAGCAUCGAUAGGAGAUCUCAACUCGAGGAUGUCGGAGGAGACUGUGAGCGAACGCAACUUCAGACCCAAUUUUUUAAUCGAAGGCUGCGAAGCCUACGCUGAGGACAGAUGGCUCUUCGUUCAAGUCGGCGAUGCAGUUAUUGAAUUUUUCGACCGCUGCGCACGAUGUCUUCAGACUCUCGUCGAUCCAGAUACAGGGAUCAAAAGUAUACGUAAAGAGCCACUCAACUCGCUUCGAGCAUACCGCGUAGAUACUUCGGAGGAAGGCAAAGAAAAGUACGCCAUGGAUCCGCUUUUCGGAGUGCUCUACUUCCUCUACAAGGAAGGAGUUGCGAGAGUUGGAGACCAGGUCCAUGCAGUUGUGGUCGACAAACCUUUACUGUAGUUGGAGUAUCUGGGUUGAAUUGUACGCUGACUGAAAAUUACCCGCUGUUGCGCAUUCCGAAUGUGUGAGAGAAACCCUCGCUUGGUGGACUACGACAUUGCUUCCGGUGUUAAAGGGACCCGGAAGAGGUUCACCGCGAUCAUUAAACAAUGUAUUAUUGCAGGG